GAACCUGGAGCCCGAGCGGGAGCCGGAGCCGAAUCGGUACCCUGAGCCCUGCGGCCGCGCCUACGUCUCGAUCCCCGCCCGCCCGCUCCCCUGCCCGGAUGCCACCGCCCCCGCCGUCCGCGAGGUGACUCGGGCAUGAGCCUAGCGCGUUGUCCCGCAGAGCGAGCGUCCCGGGUCCCGGCCGCGCCGCCUAGCGGGAGCCAGCACAAGACCUCCCAGGAAGGGGUUAACGCCAGCCCCGCGAGGGAGGGGACUGGGCCGGACCAUUCUCCCCGCAGCCGCCUCCACCUCGGUUUUCCUGAAUGCAGGCGCCGGGCGCAGGAGCAGGGAGAACAAUGCUGAUGCAGGCGAGGUGAGGAGCGGCCCGCCAGCCAGCGAGCUGCGCCCCACGCGCGUCUGCACAGGUGAUCGCGGGACCCAGGCUGCCCCGGCCCCCCCCACUCCGCUCCCCCAGGCGGCUGGGCGCCCCCAGACACGGUGGCGGCGGCGGCGGGGGAGGAAGCCAUGGCGACCAAUUUCAACGACAUCGUCAAGCAAGGCUAUGUGAAGAUGAAGAGCAGGAAGCUUGGGAUCUACCGGAGGUGCUGGCUGGUGUUCCGGAAGUCCUCCAGCAAAGGGCCCCAACGCCUGGAGAAGUACCCGGAUGAGAAGUCAGUGUGCCUCCGAGGCUGCCCCAAGGUGACCGAGAUCAGCAACGUCAAGUGUGUCACAAGGCUUCCCAAGGAGACAAAGAGGCAGGCGGUGGCCAUCAUAUUCACCGAUGACUCUGCCCGGACCUUCACCUGUGACUCAGAGCUGGAGGCGGAGGAGUGGUACAAGACCCUAUCCGUGGAGUGUCUGGGAUCACGGCUCAAUGACAUCAGUCUGGGAGAGCCAGACCUCCUGGCCCCAGGGGUGCAGUGUGAACAGACAGAUCGUUUCAACGUCUUCCUGCUGCCCUGCCCCAACUUGGAUGUGUACGGCGAAUGCAAGCUGCAGAUCACCCACGAGAACAUCUACCUCUGGGACGUCCACAACCCCCGCGUGAAGCUCGUCUCGUGGCCCCUCUGCUCGCUGCGCCGCUAUGGCCGGGAUGCCACACGCUUUACAUUUGAAGCUGGCCGGAUGUGUGACGCUGGGGAAGGGCUCUACACCUUCCAGACACAGGAGGGGGAGCAGAUCUACCAGCGGGUCCACAGCGCCACCCUAGCCAUCGCCGAGCAACACAAGCGGGUCCUGAUGGAAAUGGAGAAGAACGUGAGGCUGCUGAACAAGGGCACGGAACAUUACUCAUACCCCUGCACACCCACUACCAUGCUGCCCCGAAGUGCUUACUGGCACCACAUCACAGGCUCCCAGAACAUCACUGAGGCCUCCAGCUAUGCCAGCGAGUCGCUGCAGUGCCCCACACCUGCCUGCCAAGACGCUCCAUGGAGGACAAGGCCCCUGGGGCAGGGAUCUUUCGACCUGGACCUGAGUCCUGGGCCUGCAGGUGAGGGGUAUGGGGUGGCCCAGGCCAGCUCAGAAACGGACCUCCUCAACAGAUUCAUCCUGCUAAAGCCAAAGUCCAGCCAGGGGGACAGUGGUGAGGCCAAAGCUUCAUCCCAGUGACAGCAGGCUGACGUGCAUUGACAACUGCUGGGGCUGCCAAUUGCAGGGCUGCCUACAACAUAUUGUGGACUACAGCCUCCAGGGGCUGCUGGCUUAGAUCCUGGAGAAGGGGAGCAGGCUGCCCCUUCCUUGUCCCCCAGGCUGAGACUGGACUGAGACGAAGGGCUGGCCACGCCACCUGAGCAUGUGUGAGGGGCUGGAGCUAUCGUGGGACUAUAUACUGUUAAUGAUUUUAAUAUAUAUGGCUUAUAACAUAUUCUAUAUGGAGAUCCCCCCGUCCCUCCCUGCCACCACCACAUACACAUUUUUGAAUCCCAUGACUAGGCCCCAGUCUAGGCUGUUUUUGGCUGUUAAGGCCAGCUGUCUCCCUGUCCUCUGUGGUACUGCCCUCCUGCUGCCGGGACUUUGCUUGAGCUGCCAGGGCCAGAGGAGGCAGACAAUUAGAACUCAAGGCUGAGGCUGCCUGGCUGGAGCCUUGCCCCACCAUGGCACAGGGCAGAUCUGGACUUGCACUGUGUCACUUGAAGUUUUAAGCAGAGAUGACAACUGGCUGACACCUCAGGUGGAAACCUGGUUUUAUAAUGUAACGUAUACCCAGGCUCCCUCCUGCCUCCUGUUCAGUAGGCUAAGCAGACACCCUGGGUGUGGAGGGUGCUGAUUACCUCAGCCAGGUGACCAGUCUAGGUUUCCUCCUGCCCCAUGGUCAGGCAGGACUGCUGUGGGGUGCCCUCUGAUCUGGCCACACUCUGGCUGGCCAGAAGCACUCAGAAAUGGUCCCAUUUCCUCUUCCCCACAUGGUGCUGAGGCUCCCUGCUGAAAUGCAAUUAAAGCAAUUGAUUUUCUAGUGCAGAAGGGCUAUCUUUCUAUUCACAUCAAACCUUUGGUUGUGUGUGUGUAUGCGUGUGUGCGUGUUUUUUUAAAAAUAAUUUAAGGUUCUGAUUUAUAGGAACAGAGCUUGUUGUAAAUAACCACUAUUCAAGUUGUAGCAAGACAGUGAGCAAGCAAGAGCCCCCAGCCUCCAACAGAGCCUUUGCAUGGGGGGGGGGGGGCACAGCCAGCCCAGCUCUGAGCCCAGCCUGGCAACGGCUGCCCAGAGGACAGGCUAGUUUGAAGGCAGUGUGGGACCAAAGGCUUUGAGGGCAUGCAGAGCUGGCUGGUGCAGUUAGUGGCACAAUGACGCAUGAAGGAGUUUAUGUUGUGCUCUUUAUUGCCAAAAAAUAAAAACCAAAAAAAAAAAAAAGACAAACUACUGUUGAUCAAUAAAUAUCCCUUCAUUUCUGUA